UGAGCUCCAGAAGCAGAAAGUUGCACACGGCUCCUGUAGACGCAUCAGACUGGCGCGUGGGAUCGGUCCCUGCUGCGCCGCAUCUGGAACAAUAACGUCGGGAAAAGAUCCACACACUUCAUUAGCAGACUGUGUUUUUUAUAAGCAGCAGUGUUGAGAAUAAGAGAAUCCCCUUUUGGGCUCACGUCUCCAUCGGAAGGGGCUUUUUUCGGUUUUUCUGGAGCACACGUUCAUCCAUUGAGAAUCACCGAACGGGCAGAAAUCAGGAUCAUGGGGAAGCAGAACAGCAAGCUGACUCCGGAGGUGAUGGAGGACCUGGUGAAGAACACGGAGUUCAACGAGCACGAGCUGAAGCAGUGGUACAAAGGCUUCCUGAAGGACUGUCCCACCGGCCGGCUGAACCUCGACGAGUUCCAGCAGCUCUACGUCAAGUUCUUCCCGUACGGCGACGCCUCAAAGUUCGCCCAGCACGCCUUCAGGACCUUCGAUAAGAACGGAGACGGGACCAUCGACUUCAGAGAGUUUAUCUGCGCUCUGUCCAUCACGUCCCGCGGCAGCUUCGAGCAGAAACUCAACUGGGCCUUCAACAUGUACGACCUGGACGGAGACGGCAAGAUCACCCGGGUGGAGAUGCUGGAGAUCAUCGAGGCAAUCUACAAGAUGGUGGGCACGGUGAUCAUGAUGAAGAUGAAUGAGGACGGCCUGACACCGCAGCAGAGGGUGGACAAGAUCUUCGGAAAGAUGGAUAAAAACAACGACGACCAGAUCUCGUUGGACGAGUUCAAGGAGGCGGCGAAGAGCGACCCGUCCAUCGUUCUUCUGCUGCAGUGUGACAUGCAGAAGUGAGACCUCCAUCUUCACUCGUUCACACUCAUCUCCUUCCCCUCCCUCUGUAAACACACUCUCUGGACUGCAGCACAUGUUUUAAUGUCUUUAGGUUCUCUGCCAUCCCCACAGGAAAACACAAAAAAAACAAUGCUUGGACUACUUUUCAAUGGACUCGCUUCUUGUGGUUGUAUGCAUGAGAAUGUCAAAGCUGAAUAAUUUUGAAUAUAGCUGUAAAGAUAUCAUACGUUUCUAUCUCCAAACCCGUGAUUUGUGCACAGUAAAACCCCUAAAACAUGUAGCUUGUAAAUGAGUGGAGCACUGCGUGAUGUUCCUGCAGUGUUUAGGAAAACCCCAGUGUUCACCGCUGCUGCCGCUGUACGCUUUACAUUAUACUAACUAAACAAUAACUCCUAUGAUAAUUGUAACCGUCUCUACUAUCCAGACGUGGAGAAUAGAGAGGCUGUUUUCACACGGUGGAACCAGGAAGAGUAGGUUCUUUGCAUGCAUAUAAUAUGUGUCAGAAAAAUAUGAAUCUCUUACCUUUUGCAUCUUUAGGUGGUUAUAAAAGAGAAACCCUAUGGAUUCAUUUAGUAUUGUUGCAUGGGAUGUACAGUAUGUGACCAUCACAGCGUUUGUUCACCUCCAGUAACGUGGGAGCACGCUUUCGCCAUCCGGAAACACCUGUACGUGUUCAGUUUACGGAAGGAUUGCAGAUGUGGGUUAAGAGUUUCACAUUAAAACACACACACAGAGGGAUUACUGAGCGGGGUCUCCCGGGCACAGAAAGCAGGGGCAACUCUCAAAUAUGACCUCAAACAGACGUAACGACGACAAAGAGAAAGAAAACGACGACAGUGAGACACAAUGAUUGCAAAGAUACAACAAAUGACGACAAAGAGACACUGCUACGACAACGAGAUGCAGCAUGACCAGACAAGCAACGGAAAUCGACUACAUAGAGACACAACAUGACGAAAAUGGGACAACAAACGACCACAAAGAGACAUUAACAGAAACAAUUGGCUGCUUACAGAUGAGAAGUGACUACAAAAAGAGAUGUAACACGACAAGAAAGAGACACAACUCAACUAAAAAGAGAUGUACAAUUAUUGCAACGAUACAACGAAUGACAACAAAGGGACAAAGCUCCUGCAAACAGAUGCAAAAUGACGAAGCGACAUGAAUCAACUAGAAAGUGACACAAAAAGACUUCAAAGAAACGUAAAACAACUACAAUAAAACCAAAAUGACUUGAAAGAGACACUAAAUGAUUGCAAAGAUACAAUGAAUGACUACAAAUAGACUUAAAGUGACUACAUAGAGACACACAAUGACUACAUAGAGACACACAAUGACUACAUAGAGACACACAAUGACUACAUAGAGACACACAAUGA